UUAUCCGUAACAGAGAGUGCUGUCUGAAGGGAGGAGGACGACAAUGGUGUCCAUGUCUCUCUCGUUCUCUUCUUCCAUCUGUUCGUCUCGUCUUCCUGAUGGAAAUAGGAUAAUUCGUUCCCAGAGAAACUUGGGCUUCAUACGGUGCGUUUUGGCGGCUUCUUCAUCUUCUUCGGGAGGUGCUACGAAGAAGAGGCUUUGGAAAGAUGGAGAAUUUCAUGGAAUCACGGAGCCAAUCGCCCCGAGACGAGGACCGAUCAAGAACGUGAAGAAGAAAAUGGAGCGAAAAAUCAAUUCCAAAGCAUGGGUCAACACCGUCACCGAGACCUUGUCUGAUCUCAUCGCGAAAAAGCAGUGGUUCCAAGCCCUCGAGGCUUUUGCCAUGUUGAGGGAGCAACCAUUUUACCAACCGAAGGAAGGAACUUACAUGAAGCUACUCGUUCUUCUCGGCAAAUCCGGACAACCCGUACGUGCCCGCAAGCUAUUCGACGAAAUGCUUGAAGAGGGAUUGGAACCCACGGCUGAACUCUACACUGCUUUUCUCGCGGCUUAUUGUCGGAACAAUCUCAUCGAAGAGGCUUUUUCGAUUCUUAAUGAAAUGAAAACCCUGCCUCGAUGCCAGCCCGAUGUAUUCACGUACAGCACGCUGCUCAAAGCCUGCGUUGACGCUUCUCGGUUCGACUUAGUCGAUUCAUUGUAUGUGGAAAUGGAUGAGCGUUUGAUAACUCCAAACACCGUUACACAGAACAUAGUUCUAAGUGGGUAUGGCCGGGUGGGAAGGUUUGAUCAGAUGGAGAAGGUUUUGUCCGAGAUGCUGGAGAACAAGGAGUGCAAACCGGAUGUCUGGACUAUGAACAUCAUCCUCAGUGUUUUCGGGAACAUGGGUAAGAUCGACAUGAUGGAGAAGUGGUACGAAAAAUUCAGGAACUUCGGGAUUGAGCCGGAGACCCGGACUUUCAACAUCUUGAUCGGUGCUUACGGGAAGAAGAGAAUGUACAACAAGAUGUCGUCGGUGAUGGAAUACAUGCGAAAGCUUCAGUUUCCAUGGACAACAGCCACUUACAACAACAUCAUCGAGGUCUUUGCUGAUGUCGGGGACGCCAAAAACAUGGAGUAUACGUUCGAUCAGAUGCGUGGAGAGGGCAUGAAAGCGGACACGAAGACCUUCUGCUGUCUGAUAAAUGGAUAUGCAAAUGCAGGUCUCUUCCACAAGGUUAUCAGUAGUGUUCAGUUAGCUGCUAAGUUCGAGAUACCCGAGAACACGGCGUUUUACAAUGCGGUCAUAUCCGCCUGCGCGAAAGCCGAUGACUUGAUGGAGAUGGAAAGGGUUUAUGAAGGAAUGAAAGGAAAACACUGUAAACCCGAUUCGAGGACCUUCGAGAUUAUGAUCAAGGCGUACGAGAAGGAGGGUAUGAAUGAUAAGAUCUAUUACUUGGAACAGGAAAGUCAACAACUUUCAGAUCUUGCUCUGUAGAGAAAGUGAAUCUUAAGGACAAAAACUGGACUGAUGUCAAGGUUGGAGCAGAUAACCAUUGAGGAAAAGUAGGCAUCCUCAUCAUCGUCAUCAUCAUCAUCAUCAUCAUCGUCAUGUUCAUGUCUGGAUAGGAUGUUUGAAGCAUAAAAGGGAUGAAAUCAGAAAUUAGGGAUUUUGUGACUAAUUGUGGAGAGAGCGAGAAGGGUAUUUUAUUUUUUGUAUUUGAACUGGGAGAGAAGGAAAGAGUCUUACGUUGUUAUUUUGUAAUCCACUUUUGUCUCUUUGCAUUA